CCCUGAGCCCCAGCCUUCGUCGUUCGUUUCGUCCAUCACCACCACCACCACCACCACUCCGUUCCCCCAUCCUCCUCUCGUCGUGCGACCGACCGUCGCCACUCGCAAUCGACUUUCGCCUCUGCCUGCGCGCUGCUUGGCGGCUGAACGAGGGCUCAAUCAGACGCUGCGCAUCUGUUGAACGAUAGAAGGACAAGCAAGCCGAAAGUAAACAAACACCCGCGCGACCGCUCUUCCCCAGCCUCAUCGUCACCACCACCACCACCAACCAGCACUACUCCGCGCCGUCAUGUUGACGUCCAUCGGCCGGGCCGCCGCCCGCCGCACAAUGGCCUCAGCGCCGUCCGCGCUCGGCGCCACCAUUAAGCUUGCUCCCCGGGUCGCCGAGGCCAGCCGGCCCUCGCUUCACGGCGCUGCCCUGUCCGUGCGCUGCCUCUCCGUCACGGCCUGGGCGCGUUCCCCGGCCGCGUCGUCGUCUUCCCGCUCCGGCUCCGGCGCGAAGAAGGCUUCCGGGACCAAGACGAAGAAGAAGAAGACGGCAGCCAAGAAGGCCGCGCCCAAGAAGCCCAAGAAGCCCAAGAAGGUCCUGACGCCCGAGGAAAAGGAAAAGGCCGAGAUCAAGGAGCUCAAGACCAUGGCCCUGCUCAAGGGGCCCGCUCUGCUACCCGAUUCGACUUGGACCAUCUACAGCUCCGAAAACGUGCGCUCGGACGGGGUUAGUCUGACGGACAAGAUCAAGGAAGUGGCGGCGCGGUUCAGCGGUCUGUCCCAGUAUGAAAAGGAUCGUCUGCAAUCCACCGCGCAGUCUAACCAGGCGGCCAACAAGCGAACACGCCAGCAGUGGGUAGAGUCGUAUCCGCCCGAAGCCAUCUACAUGGCCAAUUUGUCGCGCCGCCGCUUGGCCCGGAAGCUCGGCAAGGGCCGCAUCAACCUCAUCCACGACGACCGCCUGCCCAAGCGCGCUGUUACGGCCUACGCGCUUUUCAUUAAGUCGCGCUUCCGGGGUGCCACCGCCUCUGCGGGCUCGGGCUCGACGGCGGUAGACACUUUCCGCGUCUUGAGCACCGAGUGGAAGGCGAUGAGUGAGGCCGACAAGAAGCCCUUCCAAGAUAUGGCCCGGGACGAGAUAGAGAUCUCGAGAGCGCAAUUUAAGGAGAUGAGGGAAAAGGCGAAGGCUUACUGGGAAGCACACGAGGGCGGGUCGGCGAGCCAGGUGCCGUCACCGUAGACAAGAUGCGCCGUAUUUAGGACGGUGACGGUGCGGACUUGGGGCCUGUACUAGAUAUCUCUUUGAAGGGACUUGAGCUUGAUCUGGCUUGCUUGGAGUGGCGCCGUUGGAAAGCCGAGGUACUGGGGGGUUCGCAGACUGCGUACUGCCGUGCCCCACGGGCUGCGUCUUGUUCAUUUCUUUUGUUCCCCCGGCUUUGACUAUUUCGCCAUGCAACUAUGUAUACCAACUGUCUCGACGUUUUUGUGCAUCUCGCAAAUCAGGGCCAGUUCCGUGA